AUGCGUGUACUAUUUCUUGUGUUGCUUUCCCUCGCUUCAGUCUCUUCGAUCAUCGCUCGCCCUGACAGCACUCUCCUUACAAUCAUCGAGUCAAAUAAAGAGGACUUCACACGCGAGCUGGCUGAAGUUAACAAGCAAGCCAAGCAAUUUCUGCGUCAAUAUGAUUUCAACGAGUUGGCUGAACCAAAUGAAGAAAGAGAUUUCAGUGGAAUGAAUAAGGCUGACGAUGUUUUAAAAAAGGCUGACGAUUUAAUCGGGAAGGCCAAGAUCCCUGCAAACCUAAACGUUGCGGUGGAGAAGGCUGCAAUGAAGGCGGACGACGUCGCAGCAGCAGCGGUUAAAGUCGCCGCGCCGUAUCCUAAAGACUUAAGCUCAGCCACGAUGAAGCAAAUCCAAAAAGUGGAGCAACUGAGGGCGAAAGAUCUCGCGACGUACAUGAAGAAAACUAGUGAUGGGAUGCGCAGGAAGAUUGAGCCUUUUCCUGGCAUCAAAAUCGCUCCCGAGAAAUAUCUGGGAUCUCACGUGGGACGUCAAGUGCAGCGCUACGCUGACGACGACGUUACUAGACUGCUGUCUUCCGCUGUGAUUUCGAGAUCACCCAAAGAAGGAGGCGGUGAUGUACUUCUCAUUUCCAGCUCGAAGCCAAAAAAGAACGACUGGCUUUUACUUAAGGGUGGCUGGGACAAGGGUGAGGUUAUCGAGACGGCGGCAUUACGUGAGGUUAUCGAGGAGGAGGGGUACGCGAAGUUGUGA